AUGUGGAUGCGCAUUCGACCACCACACAAUCCUGAUAUAUUAACGUAUCGAGAUAGUGUUGUCUAUGCACCAAAUCGUAUACAACUUGAACAACGUCGUCUUAGUUCAAGUAUUAAUGCUAAUGGUACAUUUAUUGACACAUAUUUUUUAACAUUAACUAUUUUACGACCAAAUAUUGAUGAUGAAGGACGAUACAUUUGUUCAAGAGGAAGAAGUAUUUUUGCUGAAUAUGAUCUUUUUAUUAUUGUUCCACCUCAAUUUGUUGAUGAUAAUAAUUUUAUUCAACAACGAAGUAUUAUUGAAGGUUCAACUCUUCAACUUUCUUGUUCUGCCUAUGGUCGACCUAAACCUUCAAUCACUUGGUUUUAUCGUACAAAUGAUAAAAGAAAUGUUCCAUUUGGUGACGGUACAAGUUGUCAAGAUACAAUAUGUGAAUUACGUUUAGGAAAUUAUUCACGACAUGAUCCAACAAUAAUUGAAUGUGUUGCCGAUAAUGAAAAAUCAACGCGUAUAUCAAAAGUUUUUAAUGUUGAUGUUUAUUAUCCACCAAAACUAACAACAAAUGUUCGAACAUUUACAGGUUCACAUAGUAUUGAUGUUCUUCUUCAUUGUUCAUCUGUAUCAAAUCCACCAGCACCAAUUAUUUGGCUUGAUACUAAUAAACAACAAAUAAUAGAUAAUUCUAAUAUAUAUAAUAUAAAAACAAUGGAUCAAUUUUCAACAUUAUCUUUUUCUGUCUAUCCACAAAGACAUGCAUCAGUUGUUUUUUAUUGUCAAAGUAAUAAUUCUCUUGGAACAGAUGAAAAAUUAGUCAAUGUUUCAAAUUUUAUUCAAUUGGAUUCAAUAAUAAUUCGUGAAAUAACAACAACAGCAACAGCAACAAUAACAACAAUUGCAUUGCCAACGUCGACUAUUAUUUAUGAUUUAUCUCCAACAAAAAGACAAAAAACCUUAAGACCAAGUCGUGCUCGAUCUAAACCCGUAACAAUAACAACAACUAUGUCAAUGAGAACGACAACAAUAUCAUCAUCGAAUACUAUUAUAUAUUCUUUUUCAAAUAAUCCUUUUUAUUUAAUUUUAAGUAUAUUUGUCAUUUGUUUUGUAUAA